CUUCCAGAGGUCGCGUCGACGAACGACUUCGAGCUAUCUCGCGCCUUGAAGGAAAAGGGCCGGCUUACUGGGAAAUACGAACCUCUCAACGAAAAUGCAGCGAUUAAGGGAUUGCUUAUGAACUGGGACACGCUUGCCGUGCAGUAUAAGGACCCGGAGACAGGCAAUCUGUUGCCUAUAGAGAUUAGGGUACCAAGCCAGUACGAUGAUGAGGAAGAGCCAUCGGCGUCAGCCACACAGAAGGGCAAGAGAAAGGCGCCGCCAGCGUAA